UCUGGAGCAGCAGUGCCAUUACCCAAGUGUGUGGACAAUUGGUUCGAGCUCCAGAGAUCUUGAGCCUCAGCCAUCACAGACCCCUGAGACUUUCCAGGCGUCUGAUCAAUCCUCCUCCAGAGCCGAAUCUUCCUCUGGUGGGUCCUCGGUGAAGACCACUGCCAUGUUGGUGGCAGUGACCAGUAGGACCAGAACGACCACCACAUAAUCGUCCACAGGCCUGGGCUCCUCAACCAUUAUGGGUUGCUGCCUCCGACGGCUGCAGCUGCUCUCCACCUGCGUGGCCUUCUCCCUGGGAGCCAGCGUGGGCACCUGGAAGGGGACCAUAGGUAACUGGUCCAUGUUUAUCUGGUGCUUCUGCUUCGUCGUGACCCUCAUCAACCUCAUAGUCGAGUUAUGUGAGCUCGAGGAUCACUUCCCCUUCUCCUGGGACAACUUUCUCAUCACCUGCAACUGCUACUCUGCCCUCCUCUGCCUCUCGGCCUCCAUCAUCUACCCCACCACCUACAUUCAGUUCUUGCCCGAUAGCCGCUACCGGGACCGCACUAUCACCUCCACUGCAUUCUCCUGCCUUGCUUUUGUGGCUUAUGCCAUGGAAGUGGCCUGCACUAGGGCCCAGCCCAACAUGAUCACAGGCUAUAUGGCCACCGUGCCAGGCCUGCUCAAGGGGCUGGAGACCACUGUGGCCUGUGUCAUCUUUGUCUUCAUCAGCAGCCCCUACCUGUACCUGCACCAGCCGGCCCUGGUGUGGUGUGUGGCCGUGUACUCCAUCUGCUUUCUCCUGUCAUCUGUGGCCCUUCUGCUGAACCUGGGCAAGUGUGACAACAGGCUGCCCAUCCCCUUCCCCAUUUUCCAGGUUGUGCUCACUCUGCUCUCCGUCCUCCUCUAUGCCACCGCUCUGGUCCUCUGGCCGCUCUACCAGUUCAACCAGAAGUUCGGCGGCCAGCCCCAGCGGUCCAGCGAUGUGAGCUGCAGCGAUAGACUCACCUCCUUGCCACAAAGGCUCAGAGUCCAGCAUCCUAGUGUCACCAGGGCCAGAGAAGCCAGGCAAGUAGAGCUGUGGGGAAGAGGCAGGGGAAGGACCUGCACUGCUGCCACUCACUCCUGUACUGGGAUGAAGCAAGAAGCAGGCAAAUCUUAAGAAGGAAUGAAAUAAAAUUCUUAUUUUAAGACGAGACAAGAAAAGUUUAUUUGGCCAAAUUCACUUAAAGCUGGGAUAAAAAGUUAAACAGAUUUCUUUAUUGCAGGACUUCUUAGGACCUUGUAUAGAUUAGUAUGCAUUACAAAAUUACCAAAAGAGGUAUAUAGCAGUAAGUGAUUCCCCAACUUAUGUGAUCAGGGAACUCUUUCUUUUCGUGGAACAUCAGGGACUAGUGGUCCAUGGGAUACCCUUUGGGAACCAUCCGUCACAUCUCCCCCCGCCCCCCACUGCCCCCAGACUGGUUCAACAGCUUGGCUUGAAAGGUUCUCACAAAAUCACCUCCCGCAGUGGUCCAUCUCCUCUGGGGCAGCUUUCAUUCCUUAAGGGGUGCAAAGCCCACUUGCCCUGCUCUCUGGACUUGCACAGAGAAUUUCAAUCCCUGUUCAGCUGGAGAGUUCUCUGAAAAGUUCUCAAGUGUCCUUGUGUUUCCUGUCCUUACGUGCUCUAGACUGAAUGUCUCUGCAUUAAGUCAGGUGCUCCUUCAGGGCAGGAACUGGGCUUUGCUGUGGGAUCUGCAGUGCCCAACACACAGUAAACACAUGGUAAAUAGUUUUUUAGGACAGAGAUGAAUAGAGCCUCCACAGUUCUCUCAUGCACACCUCAACUGUGCCCCCAUCUCCAGACCUUCCACGGUCCUGGCUGCCUGUGUUGAUGGGCUGUGGAGUCACACAUGGUGGCUCACAUGUUUCCUGUGACAUUCAGUCUCCAAUGCUCAUUGCUCCUUGCAUAAUUGACUCUCCAGAUCCCACAACUCUCUUACACGUAAUCUCACGAUGGCAUCUUGAUCCCUCCUCAACGCCUUUGCACAAGCUGUUCCUUUGCCUGGGACAUGGCCACCUCUUUAUCAGUCUUCAGAUCUCUGCUGAAACGUCACCUGUGUAGAAGGAUCUUCCAAAAGUACAUCUGCCCAUCAUGCUACGUCCUAAGACCCUGUUUGUUCUCUUCAUCGUGCUGGUCACUACCUGAAGUUUUCUUGUAACAGUAUUUAACAAGUUUAUGGGUUUGUCAUCUAACGCCUCCACCAGCUGUUCCACGCAGACAGAUGUCUAGUCUCUGCUGUCACCUCUGUGUCUCUGGGCCAAGUCAGUCCUGGGCAUGGUGUGGACACAGUACAUUUUGGACAAAUGAACAACUGAAAUCAGUAAUCAUUGGGGGAAGGGGGAGUUCUUAUCACAUGCACACAAAAUGAUAAUUAUUACAAUAAAGGGGGUGGGAGGAAACUUUGGAGGCGAUGAAUAUGUUUAUGGCCUUGAUAGUGGUGAUGGUUUCAUGAGUAUAUAUUUAUCCCCCAACUCAUAGAGUU